GAGGUGGCGCAAUAGUUCGGUGUGGGGAGUAAAACUGUCAUGACAUUGUUGUGCGUUCCUCGAAAAACCUCAAUUAUAAAGUGUUUCCGUGACCCUUUAAAGCAUUUGCAGUGUAAAUUACAUACAAAACAUUCCAAUUUAAGUAUUAGUGAGUGUAAAACGAAUAAAUCGUCAAAAAUGGAUGAAAUGAGUCUCUCGUUGAUGUCUAGACAAUUAGCGCCAUCUCUAUCUCAAGGGCGACAUAAAGGUCAAGCCGGUAGAAUAGGAAUUUUUGGUGGUUCUUUGGAAUAUACAGGAGCCCCUUAUUUCUCCGCUAUUUCCGGAUUAAAAGUCGGCGCGGAUUUGGUUCACGUUUUCUGUUCGAAAGAAGCGGCCACCGUAAUAAAAUCUUACAGUCCCGAAUUAAUUGUACACCCCCUUUUGGAUUCUGAAGAUGCCGUAAAUAAAAUAAAACCUUGGUUGGACAGAUUACAUGUUUUAUUAAUCGGACCGGGUUUGGGUCGCGAAGAUGCAAUCUUUGAGGUAAUCAAAGAAAUCAUCGAGAUUGGGAAAGAAAAGUGUAAACCUUUGGUAAUCGACGCUGACGGGUUAUUUUUAAUAAGUAAAGAACCUAGCAUUUUAAAUAAUUACCCCACACCUGGCGCAAUUUUAACACCGAACAUCAUGGAAUUCGCCAGAUUACUCGGAUCUGAUAACCCAAAAAGUAUUAAAGAGGAGGACGCAAAGAGAUUAUUUGAAUCUUGGGGACCAAACGUUACUUUACUUUGUAAAGGAGAACAAGACAUUCUUAUAGAUAAUUCGAAAACUGUUAAACUUUCGUUAGGGGGUUCUGGAAGGAGAUGUGGGGGGCAAGGAGACUUAUUAGGUGGAUCUUUAGCAGUAUUUUUCACAUGGGCGUUACAACAUAAAUUAGAUGUUGAUGUUCCUCACGAUGAUCGACCUAUGAUUGCUUGUUACUCAGCAUGCAAAUUAAUCAGGGAAUGUAAUAGUAGAGCAUUUAAAAAAUUUGGAAGAAGUAUGACCGCUUCGGAUAUGAUUCCAGAAAUUCACGGAGUUUUCGACGAUUAUUUCGAAUUAAAAUGAUUUUUAUAAAAAAAAAAUUGAUUUUGUACCAAAAAUAUGAUUAAAUAAAUGCAAGUUUUAAAAGUU